AUGGCUGGUUUCCUUCACACAACCUCACCGACCUCCCCAGUGGGCUCCAAACUGCCAGCACUGGAUAGGAUUGGGGAAGAGCUGAGGAAUAUGGCUGCCGCCAUGGCCACCAAAGCCGACCUCCAGCUCCUCAAGUCUACGAUCCAGGAGGUGGUACGGGCUGAGGUGGCGAGUCUGCGGACCAAGGUCGCUGCUCAGGAGGGCCGCAUCCACACAUUGGAGCACUCGGCUGAGGCCCAAUCGGCUCGUUUUGCGGCCUCUGAUUCAGUGGUAGCCUGCCAGGCUAUGGAAUGCUGCUUUCCAUGA